CGUUUCCGCCAUCCCUCUGACGUGAUCGAGCGGCAACUCACGCGAGACUUUCGCGCUUCACAUCCAGUCUGUCAUGGCGCCUUAGGGACGCUGUUAUUGUUCCAGUUUGCUGGUUGUUUGAGAAACCCGACGCGGAAAACAAAGCCCGUGGAGGACGUGCGGGCAUGAGACGACAAUCCGGAGAUAAUGUUAAGGUCCACCGGCUUCUUCCGAGGGAUUGACUGUCCGUUUUACGCGGACUACAACGACGGCAAAGGCAGUAGAAAUGGGUGUAACAGACCGUACUGUCACUUCAGACACAGCCGGCAGAGUCGGCCGUCCUACGGAGACGUUAAAAAGCUGCAGUCUGGACAAAAAGACCAGGGUUACGAUCCCUUCAACCCAGAAGUAGUGAGUCCUCAGGAGCAGCAGAAUGGGCAGCCUGCUCCUUCUGGGGACCUCAGCGGCGUCUUGGAGAUGGUCAACAGAGCCAUCGAGGAAGUCCGUGGCGAGGUGGAGCGAGAACAGCGGAAGCUCUCUCGCAUCGGAGAUGAACCUUACAGUCCCACUGAGAAGACCGGUUCGUCUUCAUCCAACGUCGCUAAAAGCCAAGCACCGGCCUCGCACCUGGCCUACGACCCUGGGAGCUAUCAGAUCACAUCGGGAGGAUACGAUCCCACCCCGGGCUGCAGCAAGUACACCUUGGAUUCAGACAGUCAGAGGUCCAGCAGCAGUAGCUCUAUGGAAUAUGUUCCCACUUCCCUGAAAAAGCCUCAGUCUCGGACACGAGUGCCCUGUCCUCCCCAGAGCUCCAAGUAUCUGAACACUGCAUCCUCUGCAAAGUGCAAAUACACUCUGGACAAUUCUAGGCCGUCUACGGAUAUGGAGUAUGACCCUCUGUCCAACUACUCUGCAGGGAUCGCAGUGAAAAACAAGAGAGAUGAGGGUUCACAUCCAGUUAAGACUGAUUAUAAGAAGGCAUAUCGGCUGGAUGCUUCAGAUAAGGAGAGUGGCACAGCUGGGAAAAAGCCACAGCAGGCGAGUAUAGACUUAAAAAAGUACACCAUCUCCGACUCUGAUGGGGAGAGCUCUGGAACGGAGUACCGACCCACAUCGCUUAGCAAUCUCCAGCAAAGAAAGGCCAACAUUGUGUCGGCCAGAGACGCUUUGGGGAAAGACACAAAAGACAGGAGUAAAAGUAUAAAGGGCGCUCUUACACAGAGGAACAAGGAGGAGCUUGCACAGGACUUAGACUCACAGGAAAAUACCAAACAAAAGGAGAACUUGGAGAAAAAGAAGCUGGCAGAUCAAAGUGGUCAUGGUAAAAUUAGCAAACUGGAGAAAACACAAAAUAUCGAUAAAGAAGGAAAGAAAUCAUCUGGUGUUAAAAGUAGCAGUGGUAGCAGCAGUAGUGCAAAAGACAAAUUAUUUUGUAAGAACUUUAAGCAAGACUCUGCAAAGAAGGAGAACAAAAAUCAGAAAGAUGAUAGUAAAAAUACACUAAAGGUGAAGGAUAAAGUUCAGAGAGAAGGCAGGGAUGAAAAGAGAUAUGAGAGCAAGAGCAAGAUGGUGGAAAAACUUAAGAGAGCCUUAAGUGAACAAGACAAGGACACACGAGAAAGCAAAAAACUGAAACCGUCGGACCGUGAGAAAGACCAAAGCAAGAAUAAAGACAGCCAGAACAGAAACGGUAAACUGGACAGCAGUAGAAGAGAAAAGGACGUUAAGAAAAGCAAAAGCAGCUCCAGCAGCUGCAAGGGGAGCCCGGCUAAAGCAAAGCAAAGCGCCAGCUCAUCAAAAAAGAAACUUGAAGACAAGAGUCUGAGUCUGAGCCACGUAGAUCUGUUUGGAGAUGAGAGCCCUGAGGAGGCUGACCCGAUGGAAGUGGACUAUGACGACGAGCCGGAGGAAGUCCUGGUCAGGAAAUCAGCCGACGCGUUAAAGAGGGGACUUCUGAGCAAGAGGAAGGCUUCAGAGAGGACGCCAUCUUCCUCUGAGGACGAGGCCGACGGGGAACCGGAACGCAGCAGGUCGAGCUGGGAGGAGCCUGACGACGUCCGAGUCGACUUCUCCAUGUUUCAGGACGAUCUGGACUUCGACUCGGAUCCGAUGGAGGAGUGUUUGCGGAUCUUCAACGAAUCCAACGAUGUGAAGAAGGAGGACAAGGGAAGGCAAGCAAAGCAGGCUUCCAGGGAUUCAGAGGAGGAAAGAAGCACAGAUAGCACUUUAACCACACUCUUCCCCGGCCAAAAGAAGAGAGUGUCCCAUUUCGUUGCCAAAGGAGAUACCGAUGCACCUUCAAAGACGGUGGUCCGGCCAUACAAGCGGCCCACUCCGCAGGAGGUCUGCUUCCAGCGUAUGCAGCUGGCCCAGCAGCAAGCCGCCCAGCUUUCAGCGUCAGUCAAAGCUGCCUCACAGAGCUCGACCUCCGGCUUUGCCGGGGAGAAGAAGAGAAUCGCUCACCGGCCCAAUCCUCAGAUAACCUCCACCAAGACGACAGGUCCAGCACAUGGGAAACCAGCUGCCAGUGAGACUCCCCAGGGGGUGAAGAGCCAAACCACAGCUGGCAUUCUGUCCAAAACCUCGUCUACGGUGGGGCAGAAGAGGACGGCACACACACCCACCAUGAAGAGCUCCUCCAUGAGGCGCCCGGUCAUCCCCACUGAGUUCGGAGCGAAAGUUCCCACCAACAUCCGCCAGCGCUACCUCAACACGUUCAUAGACGAAUGUGUCAAGUUUUGCCCGACAGAGGAGGCUGCAUUUCAGAUGGCCCUUGAUGAGGAGAAGCUGGUGUACGAGCGCAGUAGUAGUAAGAACAUCUACCUCAACGUUGCCGUCAACACGCUGAAGAAGCUUCGGGGCAAAAGCAGCUCGUGUUCGUCGCCUGUCAAAAAGGAUUCUGGGCUUGCAGCUAGGCGAAAGGCGCAGUCCCAUGAGGAGGUUCUGGGAGGUCGUCUUGCAGCCACAACCAGCUUCACUGUCAACCGGUCGGGCAAACAGCAGGAGGAGAAACUCUCCGGCGCCAGCCUGUACAGGAAGCUGCAGGCGUACCUGAUGACAGAGGAGCAGCUGCAGGAGCACGGCUACCCGCGGCUGAACCCCGAGGUCUCGGGCAAGGCCGUCAUCUACAACCAGCCGGAGAAAAAGAUCUGCCCAGACCCGUUCGGCAGGAUAUGCUGCCGCUGCGGCGCCGAGUAUAAGGUCAGCGUCAACGGCAGCUGUGUCCGCAGAGAGGAGUGCAGCUACCACUGGGGGCGUUUACGCAGGCACAGAGUCGCCGGCGGCUGGGAGACGACGUACAGCUGCUGCUCGGCUACUGUUGGAGCUCCUGGAUGCCAGAUAGCAAAGCAACAUGUGCAGGACGGCCGUAAAGAAUCCCUGGACGGCUUCGUGUCGACGUUCAGCAAACCGCUGCCACCAGACGGAAACGGCGGAGUGUUCGCUUUGGACUGUGAGAUGUGCUACACUAAGCAGGGCCUGGAGCUGACCAGGGUCACCGUCAUCGACUCCGAGAUGAAGGUCAUCUACGACACGUUUGUGAAGCCCGACAGCAAAGUGGUUGACUACAACACACGAUUCUCAGGCGUCACUGAGGAAGACCUGGUGAACGCCACCAUCACCCUGAGAGACGUUCAGGCGGUUCUGCUCAGCAUGUUCAGGGCGGAGUCCGUCCUCAUCGGACACAGUCUGGAGAGCGACUUGCUCGCACUAAAGCUCAUCCACAGCUCAGUCGUAGACACGGCCAUCGUUUUUCCUCACCGCCUCGGUCUGCCCUACAAACGUGCCUUGAAGACCCUGAUGGCCGAUUACCUCAAACGCAUCAUCCAGGACAACGUGGAGGGCCACGACUCCAGCGAGGACGCGUCGGCCUGCAUGGAGCUGAUGAUAUGGAAGAUUAAAGAGGACGCAAAGCUCAAGAGAUGACCCUGACCCUCCAACUCUGCGUCCACGGUGAUGACCUCCGGCCUCCUACUCUCGACAGGUGAGGGAGGAUAAAUCCAGCAGAGUCGUUGGUCGUAGGAGAGGAGAAACUCACAACCAGUAAAGCAAUAGGAACCUGAGUUAAUGAACGCUGAUUUCUUUCUGUUGUUGCUACUUUAGAUUUAAAUUAUGUUCGCUGGAAAGUAUUUUUAUUUGAGCAGUGUUUCUUUCAGGCCUCAAACUUGAUGAUCGUAAACUUUCUAUGGAAGAACUUGAAAAGCAGGGGGCAUUGUCUCAACUGUACUGAUUAACAAAUAGAUAUAUAUAGAUAUAUAUAUAAGCCUAUAUAUAAUAAUAAUAUUCAUGCUGGGCUGUCUCCAGCAUACAUUGCACUAUAAUAUAAUUGCUCUUGUUGUACAGGGCCAAAGUCAGAGAACCUCAUAUGUGCUGUGAUGUAUUCACUUCUAAUAGAAAAAACAGUUACUUCUUCUUAGUUACACUUAAGUGCAUUAAUGUCUUAGUCUGUCGAUGGUUUCUAUAAAUAAACACUCUUGUUUUUUCACUCACACCUCCUAGUUUUCUACCACAUGCUUAUUAAUGCCAUCAGUUUUCAAAGGCGGCUUCAGCAGCUUUUAGUCACUGGGUUUAGUAGGUUGAUUAAAUGUGUUGAAGAAAACACAUUAAAAUCACUGAUAUCUCAAUCUCUGCAUGACGAAAACGACACGGAUCUCUCAGGAUCGAUGAGGCAAAACUCGAUCUCCAUCAUGAAAUGGAAAAGUCCAAACCAAGCUGAACCGGGGGAAAUAAUUCAGUUAUCAGUUAUUUUCAUUGACAGUGACUUAAAAUAUACAAUAGAGCUGUAAAUGUGCUGUAAAGAGUUUACUUUGUAUUUGUUAAACCUUCGAUUGUUUAUCUUUUUCUAUUAAAAAAUCUUUGCUUAAAGAAAA